GUAGUCAUUAUCUUUGAAUGUGACGUUUUUGAUUUGGUUUAUAUGUAUAUGGGAUAUUUAUGAGUAUAGUUCCAAAUCUUACUAAAUCAGAGAAAACUAUGAAUAAUCCAAGAUCAGUUAGUUCUUCAGCUUCUCCGGCGAACCUAGAUCUCGUGGAAAACCAACGUCAGUCAAGUUCUGGAGAGUUUUCAAGAUUAGAGAAACGAAUCGGAGCGAGGAAGAUAACGUUUCACUCUAAGUCUAUGCCCCGAGGUUCCAAUGACAAGAGGUAUGACCUAUUCAGGACCAUGUCAGGGAAGCUCGAACGUCAAAUAUCAAAUCUACGUGGAAAACCCAUUAACACUUCGUUGCAGGAUAAAGAGAUCAAUGAAUCUCUAACCGCUGAGAGAUUCUUAGAGGCUCUUCAAGGCCCUGAACUUGAAACUCUUAAGGAGAUGGAGAAGAUAGUGUUGCCCGAGGACAAAACAUGGCCAUUUCUUCUUAGGUUUCCAAUAACAUCGUUCGGGAUGUGUCUUGGAGUAAGCAGUCAAGCCAUCAUGUGGAAGACCUUAGCAACCACAAAGGCCGAGAAGUUCUUACAUCUCACGCAAGUAGUCAACCACGUCCUUUGGUGGAUCUCUCUAGUCCUCCUCCUCUCCUUCUCCAUCACUUACCUCUUCAAAACCAUCUUCUUCUUCGAGGCGGUGCGCCGCGAGUUCAAGCAUCCCAUCCGAGUCAACUUCUUCUUCGCUCCUCUCAUAUCAGUCCUCUUCUUGGCACUUGGUAUCCCACACUCCAUCACCUCGAGUCUCCCCUCUAUACUUUGGUACUUCUUUAUGGCUCCGAUCUUGCUUCUUGAGAUGAAGAUUUACGGACAGUGGAUGUCUGGUGGACAACGACGCCUCUCCAAAGUUGCUAACCCUACAAAUCACCUUUCCAUCGUCGGUAACUUCGCCGGAGCACUUCUCGGAGCAUCACUGGGGUUGAAAGAAGGACCGAUGUUCUUCUUUUCAGUUGGGUUGGCUUAUUAUUUGGUCUUGUUUGUGACACUCUAUCAGAGACUUCCCACAAACGAAACCUUACCUAAAGAGCUUCACCCUGUCUUCUUCCUCUUUGUGGCUGCACCGGCUGUAGCUUCCAUGGCUUGGACCGCGAUAUCUGCGUCUUUCGAUAUUGGCUCGCGCAUUGCUUACUUCAUCUCCUUGUUCUUGUACUUCUCUCUGGUAAUUAUUUAUUUAUUUAUUUACAUAGUACCUUGCGAUACAAGAAAUGUGCAUAUUCAUGUGUUUUGUUUCUUGUUUCAGGUUGUGCGGAUUAACUUUUUCCGUGGAUUCAAAUUCUCCUUAGCUUGGUGGGCUUACACGUUUCCAAUGACGGCGGUGGCCACAGCGACGAUAAAAUACUCAGGGGAAGUCACCGGAUUAGCAACUCAGAUACUGGCAGUUUUGCUGUCAGGAGCAGCAACUCUAACGGUGAUAGGUGUCCUGGUAUUGACAGUGGUGCACGCUUUUGUCAAACGUGAUCUCUUCCCCAAUGACUUCGCUAUUGCAAUAAGUGCAGAGCAACCAAAGCAGAAGAAAUGGUUGAAACAGCUCGUAAAUGGAAGUUUGGAAAAUAGUACGAGAGGUCUCAAGGUUUUGGACCCGGAAGAUACUCGAAUAGAUAUAGAAGCCCCUCCUUUAUCAAAUGCAGUGUGUCACACGGUUUAGUUAGCCAAAAAGAGAGGUAUGAAACAAAGUAUACGCAGUUGAUAAAAAUAAAAACAAAAGUAUAAGUCACACGGUUGCAGCUUCGUCAGAAGACACAAGGUUUACCUAGACAGCUCCACCAAAACAGCUAAAUCUAUUUCAGCAAAGUCAGUCCUUUGCUUGAUUCUACCGGCUGACUUGCAAAGAAACUCUAUGAUCAGAUGGCUCAUAACUCAUGAGCAGGUAAUUGUAUCAUGAGAGGUAGAAAAAUCCAUGCUCGUUUUAUUUUUCUUGUCAUUUGUAUCUUUAUUAAUUUACAUCCUCAUUUGUAUCUUUGUAUCUUUGUAUCUUCAUACCUUGAAAUAUAUUACAAUUUAUUUGAAA